UUUUAUGCUGUUGCUUCAGGUCUGAAACCUGAACAGAGAUCAUGCCAACAGUCGCUCGCUGUCGGCCGCAGAAAUCACUGAAGAGAAGGAUAUUGAGUUGAUUGGCUGCACAUCACGUCAUGCACAUGAACAGACAGCAACGCACACGCAAGCUCGCUAAUGGCAUGGGACCCUGGACAUCUGCCCCUAUUUGACACUGCUUUCCGUCACCAUGAGGAGGUCCGUGGUGUUCUGCCUGGCCGUCAGCUUUGCUGUGUUUGGAUUUGGCCUCUCACUGCAGUGUUACUCCUGCCCUGAUGACUCCUCUGAUAGCUGUGAAGUCAAACAGGAGUGUAACCAAGGUGAAGACAGCUGCCUCAAACUCACCAGUGGAGAAAAAACCUACACUGGGUGUAUGAGUCACGCGGACUGUGACUUCAUGACUCUGGCCGUCAGAUACUCCCUCUUUGAUUUCGACUUCUCCUGCUGUCAGUCAAAGCUCUGCAAUGGCCAAGAAAAAAGUUUCUUUCAGAGAUUUAGGGAAUACUUUGGUUAAGAAAUGACAAAAAGAAGAAAGAAAAUGAUUUCACUCUGCUGAUCCUCAUUUGUAGCACUUAAUUGUUCAUUGAGAAACACUCAACAAUAAAAUCUUAUCCUGAUAACUCACCUUGACCGGGUCCAUGAAGCACUGCAGUCACGGUCACUGUUUGUUAGAGUUGUUGCUGAGAUUCACUGUCUUUCUAGAGGAAACGGUGCACUUUAGAGUUCUGAUACAGGGAUCAAAAAAGCAGCAGUGAAACAUGUUUGAAUGAACUGAUGCCAGGGACACAUCGGUAAUGAAAACGGAGAGAUCAAUGGUCAAGUCCUGCUGGUGCAGUUUUCCACUGACCAUAUGUCUUUUCUACAUUUAUCCACACUGCAAAAGGCUGAUUUGUACUGAAAAGAGGUUGGACUAAUGCUACUAAUGGUUCUAAUAAGGCCCUCUUUAUGAAGAGUCUAUAAGUCAUAACUAUUAUGUAGUAAUGUCAAUAGAUCUUUACUAAUUCUUUAUCGAUUAAUUAUAAGCAUGAAUAAGAACAAAAUCUGAGUUGCCCUUUGUCUAGAUUGGACCAUGACCUGACAAUGAUCACUGACCUUCAUGAAAACGGCUGCAGAAGAUCUGGACCAAAAUCCAUUUAUUCCAUUUACCAACCUGUCAACUUAUUACCACAUUUAUAACAGUGUUGUUGCGAAACAGAAAGGAUAUGUCUUAACCUGGCAACCCAAAAUUUGAUGCCUAUUUUUGGUAAGACUUUACUUUUAUUUACCAUUUAAAAAGCAGUAUAUAAGAAUUUAGUAAAUAGUUUAUUACACACUAUAAUGUAGUUGUAAGCAUAUGUAAGUGUUAAUUAACGUAUUUGUUACCAACUGUAGCUUCUCCUGUGGACGCCAUAUACAUGGAGGCUGGUGACAGAUAAUAAAUUGCAAUAAAAUGUCUUCAUAGGAGAAGUUAUGAUUUUUUACAAAUACUUUAUAUUAAAAAAGACAAUUAAAAUUUCCUAAUUUCCGCUUAUAGCUACAUUGACCAUUUAUUAAAGGUUUGCAUACUGCUUAUAAAUGCUAUAUAGGAUGACUUCAAGAGAAUCUUACCCAUAUGGGUACUGUCUUUUAAAGUUCUUCUUCUUAAUGGCUUAUAACUGAUCAAUACAAGUUCAUUUUAUUAUUUAGAACCAUUGAUUAAGCAAUUAGUUACAAAUUUAUAAAGGGUGCCUUGUUAGAAAGCAAUUUGCUGUACGUCUUUCGAUGUGCUUCAGAUUUUAGUUUGGUAUUUAAAUGCUGCUUUGAGCUAAAACAAUUAGGUAGGUAGUCUCAAGUGAUUCACUUUUUCAUGCAUCUGUAGCAUCAAUAACAACACAGAACAGUUUGGUAGAAAAAAAAAAGGUUUUUUGAAGAUAAAAUGUAUCCCUUUCAUCCUCAUUAGCCAGACCACAGUGUGAAAAGACUGAGAAUGGAAAGAGAGAAAGGAAAACAGAUCAUGCAGAGAGGUGGGUCAACACCGUGAUGCUCUUUGUGGCUCAGUGUGCCGAAGCACAAACCAUGUCCACCAUUGUGCUUUGUGUGAUGGCUGGAUUCAAACCUGUGAUUUCACAUGCUCUCAGUAAGAGCCUUAUACCCGCUGAAGCACAACAACAACAGCCUGAAAACAGUCUGAAGAACCACAUCAAAGUCCAGGACUGUACGAGUGUCUGCUGCCGUCCUUGAAUAAUAAUUAAAAUCACACUGAGUUUCUAAACAAGCUGCAGUAUUCCCCUACAGCCAAUUAUAGAAUAAUGCGGAGAGGACAGAAAUGAAUGUGUGUGUGUGUUGGGGCCUGUUUCUGCAGCAGUGAGUAAGUACAAUGUCUUAAUUUACUGACUUUAAUUAAAAGAAGGACAACAUCUGUUACCUAAAACAAUGUAUGUGUGUGUGUGUGUGUGUG